AUUUUUAUAAACUGAGUUUGCGAAAUAACCGGAAAAGAUAGUGUAACAGAUUGUUUUUGCUUCGACGGGAAAAAAAUAUGAAUGGAAUCCGGCCGGAAUUGGAGAAUGUUGUUUUCUUGACACUAGCUUGCAUAGCUUUUGCUGUUCUUGGCAAAAGUCAAGAGUUGUAUUACUGUGAUAAUGGAAAUGUUUUGAACAUAGCUGGUGAGACAAGUGGUACCAUCAUAACUCGUCAGCUCGGAGAGCCUCACUACAGUGACAAUCUUCACUGUGGAUGGAAGUUAGACGCAGGUUUGGGCAAACGGAUCAAAUUGACGGUAAAAAACGUGGACCUCCAGUGGGCCGCCUCCUAUGCAUUGUGCAGUGGAUAUGACCAUCUCUCUGUCAGAAACGGUCAAACAGCUACCUCUGAAGUGUUACUGGACAUCUGUGAUAGUACGAACCCCUACCAGUUGGUCAGCAGUGGUCAAUACCUCUACCUUUACUUCAUAUCCAACGAUAAAAAUUUCUAUGAUCAUGCUGGCAUAACUCUUAUGUUUCAGACAUACGAUGCCAGCUCCUGUCCCCCGGGUUGGACAAACUUGUCGACGUCCAACUUCUGUUAUUCUUUGAUGACCCAGCCAGCCUCCGGAACAUCCUACACUCUGGCUCAGCAGAACUGUGGUUAUAUACAGUCGAACCUUAUCAAGAUAGACUCCAGACAGCUGUUUAACAAGGUACAAGCUUAUGGUAAAAAUGUGGCUGGGCUAAAGGAGGUUUGGAUUGGAUUGAAUGAUCUUAGGAAAGAGGAAACUUACCAAUGGCUGGACGGAUCAGGACUGACCCUCGGUGACAAAAUGGACACGUUUUCUGGGUCCAAAGAACAAGACUGUGUUGUCCAUAAUUUCGACACACAGAAAUGGGUGGUGAAGAAUUGUGAUAGUGAGAAAAAGUCUUAUAUUUGUGAGAAAGUACGAGUUGGACCAACUACAGUAUAUUCUGUUCCUGAAGCCAGUGAUGAUGACUCUGUUGCAGGUGAUGUUCCCGUAGGCUUGGCAGUCGUCUUGGCCAUCAUUGGAGGUAUACUGUUUGUGAUUUUCUUCGUCAUCUGUUUCUGUUGCUAUCAAAAGAAGAGGAAACCAACCCGUCAAAGGGAAUACAUAGAAACCCGUCAAAACUCACAUGUUGAGGAACAAACUGGCUACCAGCGAAAUAGUGUUGGUUCGAGCAUAUCUCUGAACCACGUCUCUCAAACACCUACAGCGCCAGCUAUAAAUAUAGAAGGCAGCACAACACUGGUAUGGGGAAAUGAAUAUGGCCCAGCUCCACCAUCGUACGACGAAGCUAUGAACCACCACCACGUCAUCAAAUGAUUAGACAGUUCAAUCGACAUGGCAACAUAUUUUAUUUGAAAUCCUCAAAAUGCAUCAGUUAUACUGUGUAUAAACGAUUUCGCGAAAGUCAUAAUCUUUUAUGAAAUAGAAAGGAAUUUUAUUGUCGGGCAGCAUUAUAUUUUGACUUUUAUCAAAAGCUUUUGCUCAGUUCUUUAAAACUUGUCAGUGAUUUUAUUAGAAACAAAUACAUAUUCUUGUAAAUGCAAUUGAAUUAUAUGGCCUGUUUCAUGAUUGUAGCAAUCAAAGUAUGAUGAAAUACAUUUUUUUUACAAUUUAUUUGGACAUUGCUCCAUUUUGAUAUCUGUCAAACUCAUUGGAAUAUUAUAAAGCAUUUACUGUCUAUUAUACUAAUUCAUUAAUGAAGUUAAUGGAAAGUGUUAAAUUUGUUACAAAGGCAUGAUAGUCUAGUGGUAGGAUGCUGGUCUCGUGACCCAAGGGUUGGGGGUUCGAGUCACAGCAUGGCACUGUGUUGUAUCUUUGAGCAAGAUACUUUUCUCCACUUGUUUUCCAG